GUUUUGUUCAAAGACGAUGAUGCAAUGGAGUUCAAGGUUGACGGCAGCUGCGUAGUGAACGUGUGAUCAAGAAAUACAAACAUCGCGCUGUCAGUGAACAUGAAUCAGCAUUUCUGAAGACUGGCAGGAUGUUUCGCAGUUUCUUUGUGAAGACGAUUAGCUUUGUCGGUUACACCGUCCAGUAUGGCUGCGUUGCUCACUGUGCCUUUGAGUAUAUUGGCGAAUUUGUGUCUUGUUCAGGACCUUCAAUGGAGCCCACCAUCACUAACCACGAUGUGGUUUUCUCAGAACGAGUAAGCCGCCACCUCUGUCGAAUACAAAAAGGGGAUAUUGUAAUAGCCAAAAGUCCUUUUGAUCCAAAAAUGAACAUUUGUAAACGAGUGAUCGGCCUGGAAGGGGACAAAGUUUGCACUAGUGGACCAUCUGACAUCUUUAAAACACACACUUAUGUACCAAGAGGGCAUGUGUGGCUGGAAGGCGAUAACCUUCGGAAUUCCACAGAUUCCCGAAGCUAUGGCCCAGUUCCCUAUGCCCUGAUCCGAGGACGCGUUUGCUUAAAGUUAUGGCCCCCACACAAUUUUGGCGUAUUGGCUGAAAGUCCAAACGACGGGCGCAUUUUAUGAAGAAGCUGUGUUCAUGUAUAGUCGCAAUGUAAAUUAUAUUUUUUGC